CUGCCGUGAGGCAGAACGUGCAGACCGUAGCUGUGAAAGCACAGAAUCAUUACCACGCCAGACCUCGAGGAGAACAGACGUGUUUCUCGUUUAUCCUGAGCUCAGUCGAGAUCUCGUGUCGCUUCUCGUAUCGUAUUCUCGUCUUCUCACCGCUCAAAUACACGCGUGUGAUAUAUUGCGCCAAAGUGGCCAGCGGUGUUUUACUUGCUCGUGCAAUUACCGAAAUUAUAUCUCGGUCGGUCGUAGUGCAAUCCCGAAGAUUUUCCAGAACACACCUCACGUGACCGUUCGCGCGAGAUACUCUCGUGAUCCGCGGAGCCAUAGAGUGACCUGUCGACUCCUCUGUAUUGUGUUACAUCUUUACGAGUGACGUGAACCAACUGGUGCAGCCGUCAACCGGACAACUGCGGGGACAUUGAACGCGACGAUCGUCACGCGUCACCGUGCUUCGGAAAUUUCUCUCAAAGAGUCACGAAAAUUCUGACGAACGUGCUCCAUCGACAGUGCAUUCGAGCAGCCAUUCAACAACCGUGACAAAGGACAAGUUUCAUACGCGAUCCUCAGCAGUGCAUCAACUCCGGGCCAGGCGGGAGUAGCCUUACCCUGGUAACGAGCUUGGACUCGGGUUACAACUGUACGCAAUUACUCCGAUCCGUAGAAUAGACGAGAGAGAAGACAUCAUGGCGAUACCGUUUUUGCCCAACAACGACGAGAACACGUCGUCGGAGGAGCAGCUGAUGUACCAGCUGUAUGUAACCCUGCACAACGCCCUCCGGAGCAGGAACGCCCACCAUCCGUCGCGAAAUCAUCGGGCGCCGCGUCGAUCCGAUUCUGGAUCUCAGCCACCUCUGGUGAUCUGGCUGCAGCCCGGCAACGUCGAAGACUUGUCGAGCUUGCCGCUACCAGACCUGGUGCAAUCGGCCGUGGAUCAGCUGCCACCGCCGUCGCCCCACGUGACAGUUUCAGUCCCUAGCAGCCCGAUGAGAGACGCGACCUUCCAGUUCCCUGAGUGUAACGUCAACAGCAACGGUGCACCGUUGCCGAGCCCAAGGCCACGGCCACGAAGACGUUUUGCCUCUGAGAGCUCUGUCAUGGAGACGGGCCCGACCGAGGUGAGCAACUGCAACGGUACCACCUGCCGCUGCCACCUCGGCCUGAUCCUCAACGAGAGGCAGUCGUGGACGAGCGUGGGUGCCAAUCUCAGGAACAUCGCCGGUGAUUUCCACGCGUGCAGGACCAAGGACGCCGAGAUCGAGAAAUCGACGCUACCGGUGAUCGGUCCAGGUUUGAACGGUCGCAACAGCAACUCGUCAUCCACCGAUAGCCUGCUGUCGCUGUUGAUUCCGACGCCGUUACGAGAGACCCUUUGGGCAACGGUGGCUCUAUACCUCGGCUGGAGACUUGUCUCCCGCCUGCGAUAGAUGCGCCGGUUUCGUCCAACCGUUCUGGGUAAUCCUACGGGCUCGAUCGUCGAUUGUGUCGACGACUAGAACGGCGAUAUUGGGGAUUACAAUUAGAAGAAAACGGACGGCGGACCGCCAGGCACUUCUUUCCUUGUCUGCGAUCGCGGACAAUCCUGUAUGGAAUCCUCUGGACGGAGAUCCUCUGGUUUCGAGAGGAGAAGGAGGAAGAGGAGAAGAGGCAGUCCACGGCGCGUACUCUGGAUCUCUCUAUGUCAUCGGACGAUGGAUUUAAUUGAGGUAGAGCGCGUCGAGAAGACGAAACGUUCUUUUAUUGAACAUGCACUCCGAUAAUACGAUUGUAAUUUUAUAUUGUCUAUCUUUGUAUUUCGCGCUUGCGUUGCGCGGCUACGCGAGAAUGCGCUUGAUCGACUUUGAUCGGUUCCUGAGGGACCAUGCGACUGCAAAUUUGAUAUCUUUUGAUCAUGACGAUGAAAGUAGUGAUAAUUAUUUGCUUCUG